ACUCCACCCCCACCCACACUGCAACACACAAUGCACGACACCCUACCGGAAUCAGGCGAUUGACUUCUCCCUCAUGGCCUGGAGCCUCACCGGGCAAAAUAAUAAUCCGAUCACACAACAGGUCGAACUUUAUUAUCCGCCACUCAGUUCCAGCCAAAGGAAGAGAGCACCAGCUAGAGAGGAAAAGGGAGAGGAAGAAGAAAAACGAGGGGGAAGCAUUUUUUUAAAACUUUCUUUCUAAUAGCGUUGACAUUAUGACCGUUCCCUUGGGUGAGGCAGCGGAUGAAAGCUUUUCAUAGAGGAGAUAGCUGGAUCCUUUCUCCAUUGGAUGGUUUUUCUCAUUUUGCCUCAUGCUACAGGUGUAAAGGUAUAAGGAAGGGACCCUGAUCACCUGACAAGGGACAUUAAGACUUCAGAUACAGCUCCACCUCAACUUCAGUGUCUCCAUCUUCCUGUAAAGUACACUGGUAAAGGACAAAAAAGACCAAACGCACUAACUGAGGCUCAAUUUGACCGUACAUCAUUUGACCACACAUGGUGGAACAUACAUAGUGGACCGUAUAGGAUUGUGAGGACCCGUGGUUCAACCCGAGUGAACCGUGGUCCAGUGAACCGUGGUCCCGCCCUAUGGGCAAGACUGGUAAGAGCACCGUGGACCUCAACUCCCCGACAGAGGUCAAACAGGCAGUCCCAUUCGAGGUCAUGGAGACGGUGGCGCCACCAGAUGGCGAGGAGAAGGAGGAAGUACUCCCUGACAGGGGCUCCUGGAAGGGCAAGUUUGACUUCCUGUUGUCAUGCGUGGGCUACGCCAUCGGCCUGGGUAACGUCUGGAGGUUCCCUUACCUGUGCGGCAAGAAUGGAGGAGGGGCUUUCCUGAUCCCGUACUUUCUCACCCUGGUGUUUGCUGGCAUACCUCUGUUCCUGUUGGAGACGUCACUGGGCCAGUUCACCUCGGUGGGGGGGCUGGGGGUAUGGACCAAACUAAUGCCUAUGAUGAAAGGGGUUGGUCUGGCCUCAGUGGUGCUCUCCUUCUGGCUCAACAUCUACUACAUUAUCAUCAUCGCCUGGGCCCUCUACUACCUCUUCAACUCCUUCAGAGCGGAUUUGCCGUGGGAGGGUUGUGAUAACCCGUGGAACACAGAGAAAUGUUUCUCCAACUACAGUUUGACAGACACCACCAACCUCACCAGUGCCGUCACUGAGUUCUGGGAGCGGAACAUGCACCAGCUGUCCAGGGGUCUGGAGGAGCCUGGUGAGGUGCGCUGGCCCCUGGCUGGAACUCUGGCUCUGUCCUGGAUCCUGGUCUACUUCUCUAUCUGGAAAGGAGUGGAGUGGACAGGGAAGGUGGUCUAUUUCUCCGCCACGUACCCCUACCUCAUGCUGUUCAUCCUGUUUUUUCGUGGGGUCACUCUCCCCGGGGCCAAGGAGGGCAUUCUUUUCUACAUCACCCCCGACUUCAACAAACUCCUCAAGUCUGAGGUGUGGCUGGACGCUGCCACUCAGAUCUUCUUCUCCUAUGGACUGGGUCUGGGUUCGCUCAUCGCCUUGGGAAGCUACAACUCCUUUAACAACGAUGUGUACAGGGACUCCCUCAUCGUGUGCUGUAUAAACUCCUUCACCAGCAUGUUUGCGGGCUUCGUCAUCUUCUCCAUUGUGGGGUUCAUGUCGUACAUCACCAAGAAGCCUGUCCAGGAGCUAGCUGCCUCCGGCCCAGGCUUGGCGUUCUUGGCCUACCCCCAGGCUGUGACUCAGCUGCCCAUGUCCUCCCUGUGGGCCAUCCUGUUCUUCUCCAUGCUGAUGAUGCUGGGGCUAGACAGCCAGUUCUGUACCGUGGAGGGCUUCGUCACGGCUCUGAUGGAUGAGUUCCCCAUGGUGCUGAGGAAGAGGAAGAAGGUCUUUAUCCUCGGCAUCUGUCUAAUCUCCUUCCUCAUCGGCUUCUCCAACAUUACACAGGGUGGUCUGUACGUCUUCAAGCUGUUUGAUUACUACUCUGCCAGCGGGAUGUGCCUCCUCUUCCUCGUCUUCUUCGAAACCAUCUCGAUUUCCUGGUUCUAUGGAGCUGAUAAGUUCUAUGGGGACAUUGAAGAGAUGAUUGGCUAUCGGCCGUGCGGCUGGUGGAAGCUCUGCUGGAAGUUCUUCACUCCAGCAAUCUGCCUGGGAGUGUUUACCUUCAGUGCCAUUGAGAUGACCCCCCUGACCUUGGGGAAGUACGUGUACCCGGCGUGGGGACAGGGGAUUGGCUGGGUCAUGUCUCUGUCAUCCAUGGUUCUUGUGCCAGGCUAUGUCAUCUACAUGUUCUGCACCUCCAAGGGCGGCAUCAAACAGCGUUGGCACAAGAUGACCACCAGCGCACCUUGUGAACAUGCUGCCGUCACACACCAGAAUUCACACACAGGAAGUGUGGGCGAAGCCGCCGUCUAACCGGAUACAGUUGACUCAUGGGCACUGAUCUAAAGUCAGUUUAGCGUUUUCCUCCUAAUGGUUAAGAUUAGGAUUUUUGGGUGGGUAAACCGAUCCUAGAUCUGUUCCUACAGGCAACUUCCACCCAGAAUUCCUGACUAUGCCGGACACCUAGUCAACACAGGGGUGUAUUCACUAGGAACGAACCAAAUGACGAACCAAACGAACAAAAUGAAAGCCAACAGAAGCAAACAGAAUGAAAUGGGGAAUGACCUACCUGAAUUUGUCCAAUAGAAACUCUUGUUUCCGUUAGGAGUGAACGAUUUCCGUUGCGAAACGUUUUGAAACUAUUUGCUACGGUCUUGCUCUAAUGAAUACACCCCAGUAUUCAGACAGAGAGAGGCGUCAUGUGAGAUGCCCUGGCCAAAAUGCUUCCAUUCCAUAUGUAUCCCCUGGAACUGAAUGGUCACAUAAUAUAAUGGACUGUAUUAUUGAACAAUACAAUGUUUUAUCUUCUAUGGUACACAGCUGUAUACAAUUCAUAAGGUGACACCAACUUUUUCAGAUCUAUACAAAGUCAUUGUGGCCCACUUUGGCUUACGAACAAAUACAAAGCAUUUUGUAAAGUAUCUGAAUAAAUUGAAAACAUUAGUAAUAAUUUGAAUGUGUUAUGGCUGUUUCUUCUACGAUGCUGUAUACAGUACAUAUUGAUUAGAGGUAGCAUUCAGCGUUUGAUAUAACAGUUUGUACUAUAAAUAACGGUUUGUACACUAUAUUAACAUCUCUUAAAUGUUUAUAACUGGCCCUUACGUGAAGAUACUGUGUUCGUUUUCAAUAGUGUUGAACUGUAAAUAUUAUUCUGUGAGUCCAAAUGCUGUAAUAGUGUAUGAAAUGCAACACAAUGUGCUGAAUAAUGUACUGUAUAAAGUAUCCCUCUAUAAAGGUACUGUACAAGCCAGGAGUAAAACAAAUUCAAAUGUCUCAUGGCUAAAUGUCUACUAUGAGAAGGGAUUUGGUUGGGUAUCCUUUCAGUUCAAUAAAAGCAAACAUAACCACCAAAAUACA